ACAACAAAUUUUCCCGGGGACCAAAAAGAAAAGACAUUGACAUCAUUUCCGACUUACAAACUCCAUGCAAUGCAGCGGAGUUAAGAUACGGUACGUCAAAAGCUAUUUCAAAGAUAUGUCCAAUUACAACAUGGAUUUCCAGUUGGAUGGUGAUGCCCUACCAUCGAUGCAUGAAAGUGUCCAAUUUGAUGAUAGUGAAACCCAAGAUGUUGGCCGUCUUUUUGUGAAUGAGCAAACAAUUCCUACUGAAAACAGAAAUAAUGCAGCCAAUGAGGGUAACAAAAAAAAAGGGAGAGGGAAAACUGUAAUUAAAUGGGGUCAGCGUGGAGUGCGAGAAAGAGUUAAGUGGGGAAAACAAGGAGUACCGGUGUCUCCAAGGGAAAAAUGUGCACAGUAUUCCCUUUUCAUUGGUAGUUUGGCGGCUGACCCUGGAUUGUAUCCUAUUGAUGUCAAGGAUUGGCGGCAUUUUGACAAGGACGACAACCAUCAAAGGGCUUGGACAUGUAUUGAGGGGACAAUUGAUUGGACGGAUGAAGCAGCUGCUGCUAAAAAAUCUGAAAUCAAGAAAUAUGCCUUCGAAAAACUUGCAGAUCGCUGGAAGCAUCACAAGGACUGA